GUGUAGCCCUGCAGCCCACCACAUACUUCCAAGACAUGCUUUCAAACACACCUUCAGUGUUGUUGUCAUUCGAAGACGUGGCUGUGGACCUCACCCAGGAGGAAUGGCAGCACAUGAACAAUGCUCAGAAAACUCUGUACAAGGAUGUGAUGCUUGAAACCUAUAGCCAUCUGCUGUCCUUGGGGUUCUGCAUUGCAAAGCCUGAUGUGAUCUUCAAGUUGGAACAAGAAUCAGUGCAUCGGACAGGGGAAAACUCUGUAAACCAGGGUGUUCCAGAGUCCUACAAAAAGAAUGAGCCCCUUGAAGCUAAUCAGGAAAGUAAAGAAAUCAUUUUCAG